AUGCCGUUAGAAGAGAUGGACGCAGGCUACGCCUGGCACGACGACUUCGCGGAGCAGGAUCGCUCAGACUCCGCGGACAGUGGCAAGGAAAAGAAGAAGAGGCUGGAGAAGAGCGUGGUGGAGGAAGACCACGAUCCGCUCUGCGGCUGCAAGCUUCUCGGAAGCACGCGACACGCCAUCGCUUUGACUCGGAGGCUGCUGGGUGAGCAAAGCAAUCACCAGCUGAAAAUUCCCGCUGACAUCUUCGAAACCAAAGCAACACUUGGAUCCGAUUGUAUCACGCUAGGCGUGGAAGACAAACGAAGACGCCGUGCGCAUCACCUGCGCAAUUUCCAUGCCCUCAACGAGCCCGAAGCACUCCGUGAAGUCCUGCUGCAUGGCCUCGCCUUUUGCCCCUCCGGCUCGCUUCUGGCGUGUGCUCUCUAUUCCGAUGCAAAUCAAAGCAUGACGCCCGUCCAGUACGCAGAGAUUACGUGCACUCGUUCCACCUGCUCUUCGCUCGUCUUGAUGCAGGCCGACGUCCAAUACAUUGGCUUCUACGCCUCUCAAAAGGCCUCGGCGUUUGCAUCCAUGCCGAUCCACCUUCCCCGUCUGCACAAAGACUACCACUACGGGUCGGAAGCCCACGUCGCGCUGAAUGCGCAGGACAGCGUCGUCGUCGGCCAGCUCUUUCUCGCGGUGCCGCGCCUGGACCAGACGACGCUGCUGCAGGCGGCCAAGAGCACAGCUCACCUAAUCCAGGUCGCGCUUCUGACUCACCACUGGAAGGGCGUCUACCAGCGGCGCGGCUUGCAUGCGACUCGAUGUCUUGAAUUGGCUACUAUUGCUCGACAGCGCGAAGAAGACAAGUCUCCGCGCCACAGGAGCAAGCGAGAGUCUGCGGAGGCGUCUUUUGUCACCACUGACAGCAGCCCCACUGGACGCAUCGGAGAGCCGCAAGACGAGGACGUGGCGAUCCUGCAGAAGACGUGCGACACCCUCUUGGACGCACUGGGCGCCGUGUCGGUGUGCUUUUGGGACACGAAGCUUGUCAGGGCGAGGAAGCACCGCGGUCGCGUGCCUACCUUGCAGCCCUUCACCACGCUGCAGCAAGAAGAGGGAUGGUCGGCGCUGCGCCCUUCCCCACCCACACCGCCGCUAGAGACCUUCCAAGGGCUCCCACACGCUGCGGCCGCAGCAAAGAGUGUGCAGCUGCAGAAGCGGUCACACAGCCCCACCAAGGGCCUGCCCCUGAUAGCCGAGCAGGAGGACGGCAAGCCCGCGUCGGCAGUGCGCGUUCGCUGUUUCGCCGGCCACGAAGACGAGGUGCCGACGGUCGCGAACCGCUGGCAGAAGGCGGCCGUGUCCGACUGGCUUGCCGACAUUUCCGCCAACGCCAUGGGCCAGGUCGUGUGCUCGGAUCGCGUCGUGCUUGGCGAGUUCAGCCGCAACAAGCACCUCAUCAUCUCGUCGCAGCUGCGGCCGAGCUUGCCAUGCCAGCUCCCAGACGACGUCGACGCGUAUGUCUGUGUGCCGAUGAGCACGACGCUAUCUAAAGAGCACAGAAGCGCCACCAUGGCGGAUCUCGUUCUCAUCGUCCUGCUGCCCGGGACCCACCGGCGACUGACGUACGCGCAGGCUUGUCUCGUCCACAGCUGUGCGACAGACAGCCUCUUGUCUCUGCGCGAGCGAAAGUGCAGCGAAGUCAAGAAGCUCGAGCAGGCGCUGUUGCGAAGCGUGCAGCACAACUUUCGCACCCCCCUGCACGGCAUCAUGGGCGUCAUUGACUACAUUCGCAGCACGAUCACUGCAGGCCAGGACGCGCAGACAAAGAUGCUCGAUGGUCUGCUCGCAUCGGGACAGGCGUGCGCAACAACGCUAAAGUCGUAUCUGGACGACAUGCUCGACCUCGAGGCCAGCAGCGCCACCGUCAACCCUGCGCUGGCUCGACCGACUGCAGAGCUGGAGCGGCACAACAUCUUCCAGCUCGUCGAGCACCUGGUCCUGGAAGAGUACGAGCGCUUCAAGAUGCGGGCGCUCUAUGAUGCUUUUGACGUGCCCUUUGAUGCACGGCAGCGUCAAGAUGACGUCGAGGUCCUCGUCAGCAUCAGCACAGCCUCCCCAAUGGCAGGCUCAAGGGAGGCAGCGGAAGACGCAAUGAAAACAGACUGGCUCAUUCAUCGCGACACGGUGCAGCGCGCAUUGCGACGGCUUCUCUCCAACGCGUUCCGCUUCACAAAGAGCGGCUAUGUCCAUGUCGACAUGAGAGACCUCGGCCCGAUCCAAGCGAGCGAGAGCGAAACGACCGAGUCCGAGACAGCAUCGAGCAGUCUCUCGAGCUCGGACAGCGACGAAAGCAGCGUCAAGCACGCCGUCAGGAUCACCAUCACCGACACGGGAAAGGGCAUGUCGCGCGACUUUGUCAGCACCAUGCUGGCCGCGCCCUUUGCCAAGGAGCAGCCCAGCAUGGGUGGGCUCGGACUCGGCGUGUCUACGGCAGUGUCGGUGCUCCAGCGUGAGCUGGCGGGGACACUGCAUGUUUCAUCGGAGAUCGAUGUGGGAACGACGUGCGAUGUGGUCAUUCCGCUGCGCAAGCUGCCGCUUGACUGGUCGGAGUCUGACCCUUCGCUUCUGCCUCCAAGUAAGACAAAGCCAUCGGGGCCAGUCGCCAUCGCUUUCGUCCAGCUUGAACGAAGCAGGGGUCUCGCGCGGAUCGCCAGUCAGCUGCGACAGUACCUCAUCGAGGCGCUCCCACAAGCCACGUUCACCAGCGACGCUGCCCAGGCUGAUCACAUCAUUCUGUCGGAAGCCGCCGUCGCCGAGCUGAGUAAGCCCAAUGGCUUUGCACCGCACAGCAGCUUCAUCGUCAUCACCUCGCGCCACGCCACGCAGAAGCCACAGGGGCUGCAGCAUCUCCAGGGUCACGCGGUGAUGCCCUUUCUGCUUCCACACGGGCCGACGGCGCUUGCGAUCCUCAAGGACUUCAUCACGGGCGGACAGGCAGGCUUCAAGAUGCACCGGCCGACGAGCAUCAGUCGACUUGCUACUGAGCCUGCGAGUAACGAGCGCCCGACGCUGCUGACACCUCGUCCUCCUUUCCGAGUCUUGGCUGUCGAGGACAACCCCAUCAAUAUGCGUCUGCUCACGCGGCUGCUCAAGUCGAUGGGCAUCGAGUUCGAAGAGGCACACGACGGUCACGAGGCUGUCCACAAGUUUAUCGCCUUUACGCCCGACGUCGUUCUGCUCGACAUUAGUCUGCCCGUGAUGGACGGCUUCGAGGCGUGCCAAGAGAUGCGCGCCCACAACACCGCAGCCCGCAUCGUCGCCAUCACCGCCCUGGGCUCGAGCGAGGACCGGACAAGAGGCCUGGACAUCUGCGGCAUGACCGAGUGGCGCACCAAGCCGAUCUCCAUCUCUCAGCUUCGCCGCGACCUCGUCCGGUGGCGAGAAGAGACUUGA